UCUGACGAGAUAGCUCGCUAAGUUUUCAUUGUAGAAGACAUCUUUGGCGACAUCCUUGACAUUGUCAUAGUGCAAUCCACUCAUUCUCCUCCCUUAGCCGAAAAAGAAAAAAGAAUCAAGAAAGCUAAGGAAAAAGCCAAAUAGAUCGUGACGCCCCCACCUGGAGAUAAAGACCCAGAAGAUAGCAUCCUUAUCUCCUAGAUAGCAGUCAAAAAAAGGCCAACCACAGAGUCUAUCGAGACUAUGACUUCCAAGCGACCAAAAUCAUAUAGCCCGAUGUUACUGUUGAUGACGCAUGGAUCCUCGAGAUAACCAUUGACGGCCGACCACUAAAGGUUGAGGACAGUGCUGCUCAACACCCAAGGUUACUACUGCUCUUUCCACCGCACUACUACUUUUAGCCGACAUGGAUGCAAUUAGUGAUUGCAACGAGUACGAACACUUUGCUUUCAUGAUAAGGAACUCCAUUUUGUCCAUCCGGCACACUCACUCCUUCACCCUCAAGGUCGAGAUGAUGGAAAAAGACCUGACCAAGAAAACCCUUGAGGCAACUGAAUAUCUUCGUCAGCUUAACGAAACAAAGAGGAAGUGUGAGAAACAACAAGAAGCCAUUACUACUACCACGGCUAAAACACAAAAAGUUAAACUUGCUGCCAAGGCUACUCAGGAGAGAGCUACCAAAGUCGAAAGAAAGCGUGCCACAACCUUGGCAACAAAAGAAGAACAAAUCAAGUAGGCCGAUGCCAAAGCCUACGAGGAGAAAAAAGUGGUCAUCAAAGAAGGCUACAAGAAGCAAGUAAACAUUGCUUACAACAGAGGCUACAACCUUGGAUGGACCGCUGCUCUGACUGCUCUAUUUUUUCUCGAGGAUUCUCCACACAGAGAUCUAUCAAAGCUAUCUCUGUCUUUUCUCAUUUUUCUGCUAGAGAGCCUCAAGUCGAGAAGUUAGUUGGCUCUGAAGAAUGAGAUGAAGAAAAAUGAGAAGUUGCUGCUGACGUCAAGUCCCUAACACUCAAUGACAAAAUCUUAGACCUUAUAGGAGAUGACGAAGAAGUCAGCAAGAGCACCUCCUCAAAUCAGACCGAGAAGACUGUAGCCAACAAAAGCAUUGAGGAGACCUUCAAGAAGAUAGAUGAUGAGAUCAUUACCGACACUGAGGUCGACAUCUCCACCACCAAGACCACUAAGGUCCUCCCUACUGUUGCUACUCAAUCCAAAGUCCAGACUGAAGCUCAAUCAAAAGCUUAGACUUAGGAUUUUUUUUUUCUGUUUUGUCUUGUCUUUUGUUUCUGAACAAUGAUCGUCCUUUAAACAAUAUUUUCUUUGUUUUGCAAGGCCGAAGUGCCUUAUGAUGUAACUCAUUUUUAGUGAAUGCAUAGCUUUUGUUUUUGCCUAA